CAUCAUUAAUGAUCCCGGCGCCCGUCAGUGCAGACAUGAUUUCCGUGGUUAAAAUAGGAAAUGCAUUCAUCUGUUUUACAUAAUAUACACAGGCCUGGAGAGAGCCCAAAGGGUCCAUCCUCGUGUUCCUGUGCAACUUGAAAGAGAAAGUGAAGGAGUUCCAAGGGAGAGCAGUAGCAGAGGGUGGAAGGAAAUAACAUUUUUCUGCCUCGGAUUGAGCUGCUGCCUUCUGUGUGCUCCGAGCAACAGCAGCUCUUGGAGAUGAGAUGGAGCAGUCCCCUGCAGUGCGUUCUGACUACUUGGUCUCAGGGAUUCGAACUCCACCAGUGAGGAGGAACAGCAAACUGGCAACACUGGGCAGGAUCUUCAAACCGUGGAAGUGGCGGAAAAAGAAAAAUGAGAAGCUAAAGCAGACAUCUGCAGUGCUGGAGAAGAAGAUGACAGCACGGCAAGGGAGGGAUGAACUCAUUAAAAAAGGCCUUCUGGAGAUGAUGGAACAAGAUACUGAAGGCAAAGCCUGCACUGGUGACGAUGGCACGAGGGUGACGCAGAGCGAGGCUCCAGCAGCCGUGUGCCAGGCACUCACCUCAGAGGAGGAGCAGCAGGAGAGCCCAACAGCAGCCACAACGAAUGUGACAUCCUUUGGUGAGGAGCUGCACUUGGAUGAGCUGAAAGAAGAUGCAGCCAAGAAACCUUCAGCACCCACGGAAGAACUGGAAGAUGCCAGCCUGCCAGCAUCUGAAGACAGUCCACAAGCCUUACUUGUACCUGAAUCCACAGAUUCCCCCCAGAAGCAGACAGAAAGAAACCCAGCACAGCUUCCCAGCCCUCCAUUGCUCCCAGCUCCACCACCUAAGGCAAUCUCCAAAAUCACCAAGAGCAUAACAGCAGGAAGUGAAAUGGAUGAUCCAGCCAUGAAAUCUCCUCCUUCCACCAUCCUGAAGAACUAUGUCAUUGUGGGCUCCUCCCAAAUCUCAGGACAAGCUGCCCUCUUCCACCCCUCUGGCCAGAAAAGCUCCGAGCCCCAUGGCAGAGGCCAGGUAACAACGCCCACCGGUUCCCCUCACCUGGCUGCCGUUCAUCUGCCUUUACCUCCCAGCAGAGUCAUUGAAGAACUCCACAGGGCUCUGGCCACCAAACACCGGCAGGACAGCUUCCAUGGAAGAGAAAGCAAAGGCUCUCCAAAAAGAAGGGUGGAUGUCCGUCCCUCGAGAACGUCGAGUAUGGAGCGCAACAAAGAGAAGGAGAACUCGCUGAGUUAUGGCAGUGACUCAGAAAACAAGAGGAACUCGGUUAAAGAGUCAGAUGAGAACAAAGAAAACAUGAUUAUGAACUCAGAGCUCAAGGAAGAGUCUGUUUUUUAUCAGGAUGAGGAAGUUUUAAACGAUUCUGUUAUUUCUGGUACUUUGCCAAGAAAAUGCAAGAAAGAACUGCUGGCAGUAAAACUACGGAACAGACCAAGUAAGCAGGAGCUGGAAGACAGGAAUAUUUUCCCAAGGAGAACCGAUGAGGAAAGACAGGAAAUCCGGCAGCAAAUUGAAAUGAAACUCUCAAAGCGACUCAGCCAAAGACCUGCUGUUGAGGAGCUAGAAAGAAGGAAUAUACUGAAACAACGAAAUGAUCAAACGGAACAGGAAGAGAGGAGGGAAAUCAAGCAGAGACUGACAAGAAAGCUUAACCAGAGACCUACAGUUGAUGAACUGAGGGACAGAAAGAUCCUGAUUCGGUUCAGUGAUUAUGUGGAAGUGGCAAAAGCACAGGACUAUGACAGGAGAGCAGACAAACCAUGGACACGACUGUCAGCAGCAGACAAGGCAGCAAUUCGAAAAGAGCUGAAUGAGUACAAAAGUAAUGAAAUGGAGGUUCAUGCAUCGAGCAAACAUUUGACAAGAUUUCAUAGGCCAUAGGAAUUUUCUUCUGAGAAGAAUCUGUCUUUACUUUUUGAUAUUGCUGCUGAACACACAUCAGGGAGCACUGAAGCCUUUCCCCGAGGUUCAGUGCAGGCUCCCUGGACGCUGAUGUGACAAAGGACUCUGCAGUGAAGCCUCUGCAGCACCUGGGGACAGGACGCCAGCCCCGAGCUCUGGAGGCAGAAGAGUCUGGCCUGUGGAGUGGGACAAGCUGCUGAAAAAGACUGAAGUGAAGCUACUUGGAAGAGCCUCCUCCUCUCCUUUGCCACCUGUGUGGAACUGGUUUGCAGGCUGCCUUGGAAAAGGAGAUGUUGUGCAUGUACAGGCUUUACUAUUCCAAGGCCUCUGACAUAAAUGGACAUGACGCUCUGUCAUCCAGUAUUACGCUGACAAGACAUUUUGAACUUACCACAAUUAGUUUGUAAAACACCUAAGUUCAUGUUCUAAAAACUAAUUUAAUGUAUUAUAAUUUCAUUCUUUUUUAUAUACUGUCUAACAGAAUCACAGCUGCAAGCAUUUUUGAUUCCUGUUACUUUUGUUCUUUAAUUAAAUGACUACUUAUUGCAGGAAAUGAA